CGCUCAAACAAAGAAAAAAGAGAUUUCACUCUGUAUUUUCAUUUUCUUUAGAGAGAGAAAUUAUUAGGUACAUUAUCUCUCUUCACUCCCAUGUAUCUGCAGAGAUAGUGUUUUACACUCUCAGAGAUCAUCUCUCUGAAGAGAGAGAGGGAGGGAGGGAGUCUCUUUUAUGUUACCUGCACUCACGUGUAUCGCUAUUUCCAUUUGUUAGUCAUCUCCAUUAAUGGAUUCAGACGAAGAAGAGAGAAUCCCUUUCAGAAAAAGGAAGGAAUGGUCUGAUAUCAAACCAGUGCCCCAAGACGAUGGCCCCGGUCCUGUGGUUCCUAUCGCUUACGAAGAAGAUUUCAUAGAAGCCAUGGAUUACUUUCGAGCCAUCUUCCUUGCUGAUGAGCGAAGCCCUCGGUCGCUUGCCCUAACUUCUGAGGUCAUCACCAUGAAUCCGGGCAAUUACACUUUGCAUCAAGGUUCGUGGUCGUGGAUUAAUGGAGUUUUAUUGGUGUGGUAUUUCAGGCGUCUUAUACUUGAGACACUUAGUGCUGAUUUACAUAAGGAAAUGAGUUUCAUCGAACGAAUUGCUGAAAGUAACUCAAAGAACUACCAAAUUUGGCAUCAUCGGCGGUGGGCUGCGGAGAAAUUGGGAGCUGAAGUUACAGAGAUGGAACUUGAGUUCACCGAGAAGAUACUUGGUCUUGAUGCUAAAAAUUAUCAUGCCUGGUCUCACAGGCAGUGGGUUCUUCAGGCAUUAGGUGGGUGGGAAGAUGAGCUUCAAUACUGUCAGCAACUGCUUGAAGAUGAUAUUUUUAACAACUCAGCAUGGAACCAGCGCUAUUUUGUGAUAACAAGGUCUCCUCAAUUGGGUGGUUUACAAGCCAUGAGAGACUUUGAAGUCGACUAUGCGAUCGAGGCCAUUAGAGUGAAUCCUGAAAAUGAGAGUCCAUGGAGGUAUCUGAGAGGCUUGUAUAACAAAGGUGAUACGCAGUCUCUUAUAGAAGACUCAAGGGUCUCUCAGGCUUGUCUAGAUGUUCUAAAGAACAAUGGAACCUGUGCUUUUGCUUGGAGCCUUCUUUUGGAUCUCCUUUGCAAAGGCUUGAAGCCAUCAGGUGGGCUAUCAGAAAGGGUAUUCGAAGUUGCGGCCUGUUCAAGCUCAAAUGUGAAUUUAGCCGAGACUGUUUGCUCCAUUCUACAGAGAGUGGACUCAAUGAGAUCAAGCUAUUGGGAGUGGAGGAAGCAUAAUCUCCCUCCUCAAAUUUGUUAAUCAAUUAUUGAGACAAUGAUGCUGUGGGGAUUGUUACUCUGUAGACUGUUGAAUGCCGUUGAUUUGAUUAAGAUACAUGCUUUAUUGCAGUAA